AUCACUUUCAUACUUGAGCGCUUUUAUCCCCCCCACCAGACGGACGGUAUCCAUGAAACGUAUCUGAGGAGUUUCGACUUCGUUGUGGCGCCGUUCGCAAGCUAAUACACUGGAGCAACAAUGGUCAAGAUCUUCAUUGGGAACCUGUCUCAGCACACUGAGAAGGAGGACAUUGAAGCUCUGUUCACCCAAUAUGGCACAGUGACCGAAUGUGCCAAGUACAAAAACUAUGCUUUUGUCCAUAUGGAAGACCGCAAGUCCGCCACCAAGGCCAUCCGUGAGCUCCAUCUCCAUAAGCUGAACGGCAGACCCAUCAAUGUGGAGCCCAGCAGAGGGAAAGACCAGUAUCCUGUGAAGCUCCACAUCGCCAACGUCGAAAAGGGCUUCGACGACGAGCUCCGUGCCCUGUUUGAGGAGUAUGGCACAGUCCGAGAGUGCGCCAUUGUCAAGAACUUCGCCUUUGUACACAUGGACAGUUCUGAUGAGGCCAUGGAUGCCAUAAAGGGCCUGGAUAACACAGAGUUUCAAGGAAAGCGCAUACACGUUCAGAUAUCAAAAAGCAGACCCAGAGGAGAGGAGGAGGAGUUCCCACAUCCUCCGCCGGGCAGAGGAGGCUAUUAUCCUCCCCGCUUCCCAGGGGAGAGGCCCGAGCAUCCCUACAGAGAGCGCAUGCCCGCUUACGCUCCUCUGCCUCCACCGCCCCCUCCCCCGAGACGGGCAUCGUAUCCCGACCGUGGCUAUGGCGAGCGCGACGCCUACGGGAUGGUCGAUUUCUAUGAGAAAUACAGAGCCCGUCCUUACAGCAUGGCAGGCUACGACGGCAGGCGUUCCAGUGACCCCCCUCCUCCGCCUCCCCCCUCUGCACUGGUCAGAGAACGCCUCGGGAUGGGUCCCCCUGACCCAUACGACCGCCGUCCGCUCCCUCCCCCUCCUCCUCCGUCCUACAUGGCCAGGGAUCGAAGCCCCAUCAGACGAGCCCCGCCGCCACCCGCUCCGUCGGCUGGUAACGGGUACUCCUACGAGCGGUCCCGGCUGUCCCCGCUGUCCAGGGCUCCCAUGUACGCUCCUCCGAUGUACGGGGCGCCUCGCCCCAGGGACUCCUUCUCAGAGAGAGGGCCGCCGCCGCCACCACCACGAUACGCGGGCUACUAGGCACACAAGAGUGGGAUUCAAGGUUUAGAAUAUGACAAGAUCGUCGUCGUCUGCUGAUGUACGUGGCGCUAUACAUCCCCCCCCCCCGCCCCCUUGUCUAUGGUGGAUUGCGUUGCGUUCGCCUGAGACUUACUGGAGCCCCGUACUUUAAAAAACAAAUAACAUGAUUCCAUGUCUACAGUUCACGUAUUCUUCUGAGCUGUUUAUGCCUUUUUCUGUUCCUCUGCUUGUGUUACUGUUCAAAUCCUUCAAAAAAUGUUUUGCAGAAUAGGAUGCUGGCUUAGAUGCUAUUUCAGUGUGACGCAGUACUGGUAAUGGCCCAAAUCUCCUGCUCUUCAAUCUUUUCUAAAUUGACAACGGCCUCUGGGAAACUGUGACAUUUUUAUAACAAGGGAAGUCGGUUAAAUUAAACCAUAUGUAGUCUUUGUAAAUGGCAUUGUGCUCACACUAAGGUUGGUUGAUCAAAAUUAGUUGUAAAAUCCAUGGUGUGGCAGGUUGUCCCAUUUGCGUAAACAUGUUAGGCAAA